AUGCCUGAACGAAGCUGCACGAGCCCCGGUUCUCGAUGGCUCCAGUUCUCGAGCGCAAUCAAGAUUCUCGGCGCGAAGGUCGAAAGGGACCUGAGACCCGUUGUUGACGGUCUCUUUGUCCCAGUGUACAGAGUCCCUGAAGCCGCCAUCGCAGCUAGUGAUGCUUUCUACGACAAGUGGCUAGCGAGAAUCAAUAGUCCGGGGUUCACCAUUGCCACCGAGGAGGAAUGUGAAGAAUUAAUUGCACUCCUUGAAGCUUUCGUUAAUGAGAUUGCUCCGGGUUACUUCGCGACCCGUGCCUCUCAGCAGGGCGAACCUGAAGAGGCGGAAGCUCGCUUGACAAAGUCGAUGAGCCCAGCACUCUCACCACCACCACCACCACCACGACACGAAACUAUGGAGGAUUUCGAGUUGUAUUGGUGA